UUUAAUAAGGAUAAGAUGAGUACAGUUGAGGAACAGUUGAAGCUAUACGGCUGCAAUCAGUAAUCAUAAAUGGCUGAUGUGUCCGAUGUGAUCGUCGUGGGAGGUGGCGUCGUAGGAUGCGCCAUUAUCUGGGAACUGACGUCACGUGGUUAUGAAUGUCUUCUGCUGGAGAAAAAUGAAAACCUAGUGUCUGAAGCAAGCUCUGGAAAUAGUGGGAUGCUCCACACGGGGUUCGAUUCCUCUGCCAAUAGUUUGGAGUUUCAGUGUAUAAAACACUCUUUCCCACGAAUGUUUGAUUUACUAAAAGGAUUUGGAUUGCCAUACGAAAAAUUUUGGGCAACCAUGGUCGCUUGGACACAAGAACAGGUGUCAAAGUUACCGAUCAUUGCCGAGAAGUCAAGGGCAGCAGGGAUAUCCUCAGCUUCAGAGAUCAGCCUGUCGGAACUGUACAGGAGGGAGCCUGGGCUCAGCAGACAUGCCCAGGGGGCAUUAUGGAUCCCUGAGGAAACCGUGGUAGAUCCAUGGCUGACGGCGAUCUCCCUGGUACACGAUGCUAGGAGAAAGGGGGCUGUGGUCAAAACUGACACUGUGGUACAAAACACGUGUAAAGCCGAUCAUAACCAAUAUGUGCACGUGAUGACAUCACGUGGUCAGUUUACAGGACGUGUCGUCAUUAACUGUGGUGGUCUCUAUGGUGAUAUCGUGGACAAACUGGCAGGGCUGCAACACUUCAGUAUAGUCCCAAAGAAAGGGCAAUAUGCAGUCUAUCCAAAGACCGUAAAACACCUGAUCAAUUCAAGUAUUCUACCAAUUCCAACAGACAAAGGGAAAGGUGAAAUUAUUUUUAAAACAGUUUAUGGUAAUGUCAUUAUCGGGCCGACAUUUGAGGAGGCAAUCAGCAAAAGGCGCCCGGAGAGUGAUUCGAACACGAUUCAGCGCCUAAUCCGUUAUGGAGAAUCUUGUGUGAAGGGAUUAGGAGGGUGUCCCAUAGUUAACACUUACACUGGUGUUCGACCUGCCACAGAAAUAAAGGACUACUACAUCGAUUCUUACCCAGAAAGUGGCUGGAUAACGGUGGGAGGGAUUCGGUCCACUGGAUUAUCGGGAAGUCUUGGGAUUGCCGACAAAGUCAGAAAGCUUGUUCUUUGUCAGCACAAUUUAGAGCCAUCUCGUGCUAAAGGGAUCGAAUUAAACAAAAUGGCCAUCAAGUUCUUACCGCCAGGUCACGCAAUGAUUGAUGACGUCAUAUAUACAGUGACACAUCCUAUUACUCUAUGUGGAAUGGAUACACCAAUGGAAUCACAUCUGUGAUUACGAAAGAUUUAAUUUUCGACUAGAAUGUUUUUUUAAAUGAUAGAGAAAUUAAAAAUGGAGGAAAAAAGCAAGAAAGAAGAAAAGAUAAAAGGUGCUCAAGAAGAUAAUGAUAGCAAGUGAUCCUCUAUUUUUGCUAUCAACAACGACAGGAUGAAAAUUAUAAUACAAAAACAAGGCAAUAAAAAAAGAAAAGAAAGUAAUUAUCAAUUACAUUCUCUGUAAAUACCGUGUUCUCCAUUCAGGAGUAAGAGCCAGGAUGUUUUGUUUUGCAUGGUCAUUGGUUAGCAGUAAGCGACAUAGCCCAUCACUCAGUUUUUCCAUGCAAGAAAAAGUUUCAGAAUGGGUAAAAUACACGUAUAUAUACAUGUAUAU